UCCUAUUAUAUUCCGGCGAAAUCACCUCAAUAACAAACCCUCUUCAGUGACAGAAUCCACAAACGAUAUUUCUUGAUUCUUCUUGUUUUUUGGCGAUUUUUUCUUCAUUUUCUUGGAUAUUAUGGCUUGGAUUCCGCCGUGGACGAGGGACGAUGACAAGCGUUUUGAGUUAGCCCUGGUGAUAUUCCCGGAGGGCUCGCCGUCGUUUUUGGAGAACAUCGCUCAGCUUCUGCAGAAACCUUUGGGGUUGGUAAAGUACCACUACGACGCAUUGGUCUACGAUGUUGCGCUUGUCGAAUCGGGUAAGUAUGCUUUACCCAAGUACCCGGACGACGAUAACGUGUCACUGACGGAAGCGACUCAGUCCAAACACGGGAUUCCUUGGACAGAAGAGGAACACAGAUUGUUUCUGGAUGGAUUGAACAAGUAUGGGAAAGGAGCUUGGAGUAUGAUAUCAAGGGAAUUUGUGAAGACAAGGACCAAAAUACAAGUAGCAAGCCAUGCACAGAAGUAUGACAAAAGGCAAAAAUUGGACAUUAAUAAGAGGAAACGCAGGAGUAUCCAUGACAUAACGUCGGAGUCUACCAUGGGCAAGCCAGAUAACUUUGGAGUCUAACUUGGAGUUGUUCCUUUUCUCUAGUUUCAGUAUAGGAGGAUAUGAGUUCGCUUGAUGUGUAUAGGAUGAUGACGAUAUCAUCAAGUAUAUGAUGAGUUUUGCUUGACGAUGAUGUUUUAGUGUUUAGGGGGAUGAUGAUGAUGAUUGAUCAAGUGUAUAAGACCGGUUUGAACAAACUAUAAAUGUUUUGUUUUGAU